UAUGCCCAGAUCUCUGUGGCUGGGCUGCUCCAGCCUGGCGGACAGCAUGCCCUCGCUGCGAUGCCUGUAUAACCCAGGGACUGGCGCACUCCCAGCUUUCCAGAAUUCCUCUGAGAGAGAAGACUGUAAUAAUGAUGAGCCCCCUAGGAAGAUCAUUCCCGAGAAGAAUUCACUUAGACAGACCUACAACAGCUGUGCCAGACUGUGCUUAAACCAGGAAACAGUAUGUCUAGGAAGCACUGCUAUGAAGACUGAAAAUUGUGUGGCCAAAACGAAACUUGCCAAUGGCACUUCCAGCAUGAUUGUGCCCAAGCAAAGAAAACUAUCUGCAAGCUAUGAGAAGGAGAAGGAACUCUGCGUCAAGUAUUUUGAACAGUGGUCCGAGUCUGACCAGGUGGAGUUUGUGGAGCACCUCAUCUCCCAGAUGUGUCACUACCAGCACGGGCAUAUAAACUCAUACCUCAAACCCAUGUUACAGCGGGACUUCAUCACUGCACUGCCAGCUCGGGGAUUGGAUCACAUUGCUGAGAACAUUCUGUCAUACCUGGAUGCCAAAUCGUUGUGUGCUGCUGAGCUGGUGUGCAAGGAGUGGUACCGGGUGACGUCGGAUGGCAUGCUGUGGAAGAAGCUCAUCGAGAGAAUGGUCAGGACAGACUCCCUGUGGAGGGGGUUGUCAGAGAGGAGAGGAUGGGGACAAUAUCUAUUUAAAAAUAAACCUCCUGAUGGGACUGCACCACCCAACUCCUUCUACAGAGCACUUUACCCCAAAAUUAUACAGGACAUAGAGACAAUAGAGUCAAACUGGCGGUGUGGAAGGCACAGUUUACAGAGGAUCCACUGCCGAAGUGAGACAAGCAAAGGAGUUUAUUGUUUACAAUAUGAUGAUCAGAAGAUAGUAAGUGGCCUACGAGACAAUACUAUUAAGAUCUGGGAUAAGAAUACAUUGGAAUGCAAGCGAAUUCUCACCGGACACACGGGUUCUGUCCUGUGCCUCCAGUACGACGAACGGGUGAUCAUUACUGGAUCUUCAGACUCAACAGUCAGGGUGUGGGACGUGAAUGCAGGCGAGAUGCUGAAUACACUGAUUCACCACUGCGAAGCAGUACUGCACCUCCGCUUCAAUAACGGCAUGAUGGUGACAUGUUCCAAAGACCGUUCCAUUGCUGUGUGGGACAUGGCUUCACCAACAGACAUCACCCUGAGGAGGGUGCUAGUAGGGCACCGAGCUGCCGUCAACGUAGUGGACUUUGAUGACAAGUACAUUGUAUCGGCGUCAGGUGACAGAACUAUAAAGGUAUGGAACACUAGUACCUGCGAAUUUGUGCGCACCUUAAAUGGCCACAAACGAGGCAUUGCAUGUCUGCAGUACAGAGACAGGCUAGUAGUGAGCGGCUCUUCAGAUAAUACUAUCAGGCUGUGGGAUAUCGAGUGUGGGGCAUGUUUACGAGUACUGGAAGGACAUGAAGAGUUGGUGAGAUGCAUACGCUUUGAUAACAAGAGGAUAGUCAGCGGGGCAUAUGAUGGGAAAAUUAAAGUAUGGGAUCUUGUGGCUGCUUUGGACCCCCGUGCUCCAGCUGGGACCCUCUGCUUGCGAACCCUUGUGGAGCAUUCUGGAAGAGUCUUUCGACUUCAGUUUGAUGAGUUCCAGAUCGUCAGCAGCUCACAUGAUGACACCAUCCUCAUCUGGGAUUUUCUGAAUGACCCAGCUGCCCAAGCAGAAUCCACUCGUUCCCCAUCCAGAACAUACACCUACAUCUCAAGAUAAAUAACACUACACUGUACCUCACACUCGCACAGGUAAAAAAAAAAAAAAACAAA